CAGACCACCACCGUCACCACCACAACCUCAGUGGCCACAGCAAGUACUACUGUAACUCUUCCAACUGUAUCAACAACCCCCACAUCUGUCACCACCUCUGGUACAACUCCAACACAAUCUUUUACCACCACUUCGGGAACAACCUCUAGAAAUUUUACCACAGUCACUGCAACCACCAUCACCUCCUCUGAAAUUGUUUCUACUGGCUCAACUAGUACUUCUGGGCCUACUGCAACAUCAAGUGCAGUCACUACUUCAGGAGGUUCUACACACAGUACAGUCACACCACUCAGUCCUUCAAGCUCAACUACACGUCUACCAUCAUCCACUCCUGGAAAAAACUGUUCCAUUUCACCUAAUGAAUCUUAUGCACCAGGUGAGUCAUGGUGGCUCUGUAACUGCACUAACGCAAUAUGUAUAGAAGACAAUAUAAUCCAGGUGGUUCCCAUAAUCUGUAAUCCGCCUCCUAAACCAACAUGUACCAAUGGGCUUUCUCCUGUGCCAGUCAUUGAUAAGGAUGGAUGCUGUUGGCACUGGGAGUGUGACUGCUACUGCACUGGCUGGGGAGACCCGCAUUACAUGACUUUUGAUGGACACUACUACAGCUAUCAAGGGAAUUGUACAUACAUCCUUGUGGAAGAGAUUCAGAAGAAAGUUGAUGACUUUGGUAUCUACAUUGAUAACUACCAUUGUGACACACGGGAUGUAGUCUCCUGUCCUCGAGCGCUCAUUGUGAGACAUGAAACUCAGGAAGUGCGCAUAGCAACAGUCAGACCAAAUACUUUCCAAGUAGAGGUGACAGUAAACAAACAGGCAGUGGCUUUACCUUAUAAAAAAUUUGGCGUAAGCGUCUAUGAAUCAGGCAUAAAUCGUGUUGUGGAAAUUCCUGAACUGAAAAUUAAUGUGACCUUCAAUGGCUUGUCCUUUUCUAUCCGAAUGCCCUACAGCUUGUUUGGCAACAACACUCAAGGACAGUGUGGUACUUGCAAUAACAACACAGCAGAUGACUGCAUGUUGCCAGAUGGAAAAAUUGCAGAAAACUGUGAGACCAUGGCAGACCAUUGGCAAGUUAAUGAUUCCUCCAAACCACAGUGCUCUCCAGGCCUAAAUCCUACAAAAGCACCUAGCACAACCACAAUGCAGCCUUGUAAAGAAUCUUCCAUCUGCGAGCUUCUUUUGGGAAGUGUGUUUGAGCCGUGCCAUAGCUUUGUCCGGCCUGAAAAGUACUAUUCAGCCUGCGUUUUUGAUAGCUGUGUACUUCCCAGCUUAGACCUGGAAUGCUCAAGUCUGCAGACCUAUGCUGCCACCUGUGCUGAUCAAGGUGUUUGCAUUGACUGGAGAAGUCAUACCAAUGGUGUUUGCUCUUAUAAAUGCCCCUCACAUAAAGAAUACAGAGCAUGUGGUCCUAUUAAAGAGACAACCUGCAAAUCAAGUCAACAAAACGAAACUUCAACUAAAUAUGUGGAAGGUUGUUUCUGUCCUAAUGGAACAAUGUUGUAUGACCCUGCUGUGGAUGUCUGUGUGAAAACUUGUGGCUGUGUUGGAGUGGAUAAGGUACCAAGAGAGUUUGGGGAAAAGUUUACAGUAAACUGUCAAGACUGUAUUUGCCUGGAAGGUGGAAAUGGCAUUGUGUGUGAGCCUCAUGUCUGUGCCGAACAAAAUAAGACCGGUUGUGAUGGAGAAGGGUUCUAUGAGGUCAAUGAAGUCAAUUCUGAAGACUCUUGCUGCCCCAUUGUCACCUGCAAAUGUAAUACAAGCUUGUGCACAGCUAAGGCCCCUAAAUGUGAACUGGGAUUUGAAGUUCAUUCUCAUAUUCCCAGUGGUCAGUGCUGUCCUGUGUACCAGUGUGUUCCCAAGAAGGUUUGUGUACAUCAGAAUGCUGAGUUCUUGCCUAAUUCCUCAGUCUUUGUUGAUAAGUGUCAGAAUUGUUUCUGCACUAAUGAAGUUAACGUCAGCACCCAACUGAAUAUCAUCUCAUGUGAACAUAUUCCAUGCAACAUAUAUUGUAAACCAGGUUAUGAACUUCAACCAGUGAAAGGUGAAUGUUGUGGAAGAUGUGUGCAGACUAAGUGUGUUAUACAUACAGCAAACAGUUCUGACCUCAUCUUGAGUCCUGGAGAGUUUAAAAAUGAUCCUUACAACAACUGCACCAUUUAUAGCUGUUCAAAUAUCCACAAUCAGCUUAUCUCUUCCACAUCUGAGAUUACCUGCCCAGCAUUCAAUGAGGAGAGCUGCAAACCUGGAACUAUUGCAUUCUUACCUAAUGGUUGUUGCAAAACCUGUGCACCCCUGGAUAGUCCCACACCAUGCUCCGUCCGUCAGAGAAAAGACUUUAUCGUCUACAAGGGCUGCCGUUCUGUGGAUAGAGUUCUGUUGACUGAAUGUGAAGGAACAUGUGGAACCUUCUCGCUAUACUCUGCUGAGGCCAAUUCUAUGGAACACAGCUGUUCCUGCUGCAGGGAAUCAAAGACUACUGUGCAGAGUGUGGAACUCAAAUGUCCCAAUGGGCAUUCAAUUUCACAUAAAUAUGUAUUUGUGCAAAGCUGCAGCUGUCAAGACACUGAAUGCAGCAGCUCACAAUCCAGUGAGUCACAGAGUACAGAAGAAAAUGACAAGGCGAGCACUCUGAACCGUGUGAAGAGGGCCAUCAGCUUAACAUCAAAAUGAAGGAGAAAAAACCUAGCAGCAUUCAACUAUGCACCAUUCUCAUCUUCCUUGACUACUCUUAAACUUCCUUGACUACUCUUAAACUGUGCUCUAUUUAUUUGUGCACAAAACAAGAACACAAAUUUUUAUUCUUCUAAAUGCAUAACCUUUAUAAUCAGAUUAUUUUCUCUGAAUGAUUAAAGGCAUAUUUCAAAAAGCA